UCUGGUAGCUGCCGGCCGGAUCCAUCCAUACAUCCAUCCAUGCCUGACUGUCACUCGGCGCCGGAAGGCCGGUCCACUCCCCAUGCAUGGUCCAUUUCAUCAAAGCAGAUUACAACAACAAGCUGCCCCAAACAGUAGCUUCUACAGUAGCUACUCACAGCCUCUCCUCUUCAUCUUCUUCUUCCUCGUCUCUGAAUCGUUCGGAAGAGCAUCUCCAACAGGCGCGUCCAACGCGUGGCGCGCUAAAAAAGCCCUCUUCAUCUUCUUCCUCCUCAUCUCUGAAUCAUAAAAGAAACUCCAAAGCCAGUGAAGCUUCCUCUUCCUCCAAUGCAUCCACCUCCUCCAUAAUCCGUAUCUUCUUUUCUCCUCCGCAUAUAUCCAAGCAUUCUUUACUCACACCACUAGCUAGCUAGCUACCGUGCUCUGCAUGCCAACGCCGCCUCGUGCCCACUAGCCGCACGUACUACGUAGCGGGUUCUCUCGAGAGCGCAGCGCGCCAUGAGCAACGUGUUCGGCGUCGGCGGCCAUGGAGGUGGUGACCACGGCCAUGGAGGAGGCGGCGGAGGGGAGCAGCACGGGGGCGCGGACGGCACGCUGCUGUGCUACUUCCACCCGAGGGAGCUGCUGGUGGGCGUGUGCGCGCACUGCCUCCGGGAGCGCCUGCUUCUCCUCCUCGCGGCGAAGCAGGGCGGCGGCACGGGCCGCGCGCGCCCGCCGGCCGACGGCGCCAGCUACCUGUCGGCGCGGCCCUACUGCCGGGCGCUCCGGCGCCGGACGGGGAGCAUCUCCAGCUCGCUGCCGAAGGUGUUCGCGCUCGGCUCCUUCCUCCAGCGCCUCGACUCCUCCCGCCACCACCACAGCCACCACCACCCCGACGAGGUCGUCCACGACCACGACGGCGGUGGCGCUGGCGAGGAGAAGGACAGGAACCCCGACGACGACGACGACGACACCGCCUCUGUGGCGAGCCUCGACGACUCCUUCAUAUCGAUCAAGUUCGAGGACAACGGCAAGGCGACGUGGGUGGACAGCCAGCAGACGUCAGUAAAGCCAGCACGCGAGGCCCCGGCGGCGAUGGCCACGACCAAGACGACGACGACGAAGACGACGGCGUUGGUGGUGGAGCAGGCGGGGCGGCGGGGCGGCGUGACGCGGUGGCGGAAGCAGGUGGUGGGGCGGCUGCUGCAGCUGGCGCGGUGGAAGCGGGCGUCGGGCAAGCAGCCGUCGUCCUCGGCGGCGGCGGACCAGCGGGCGAAGGCGCGUGGCGGCGGCAGCGGCCGGGGCUGGAUCCGGAGCCUGACGCGGCGGCGCGCCGCGCACGGCGAGAGGGCGUGGUCGUGAGCGGGCCACGGCCUCCUACACGUCCACACGUGAUCAUGGGUGGAUCGAGGAGUAUGUUAUGUACGUACGCACGCACGUGGUGCUCCUGUUUGUUUGUGCAUACGGGCAGCCACAGAUCCAUCCACAUCCCAUAUCCAUUUCCACGGAGAUAUAUAGCAAUCAUAAUCAUAUAUAGAUAUACUCAUAUACCGAGCAAAAGAAGGAAAGAAUCGCACUCUGCAGAUCUCGUUUCGUUCUUCCCUGCAUGAGAGGUGUUUGUUUGUCCCCAAGACCCUGCUCGCUCAUGAAUUUUGAUAGAUGAAAACAGAUAGAAAAAAAUGGCUUGUUGUGUACAUGCAAAUGCCUAUAUUUUGUUUCUGUCAAGAAGUGGCAUGGUACGUAUUACUCUGAACUCUGAAGUCUAGAUUACUUGUGUGCUGUCAGUUUUCAGCAAACGACCCAGGUAACUUUGGUCUGCGUGUCCAAAUGCCAUUUUAGCACUGUGUGUGUGUGUCUUGUUUUCCUUUUUGCUUUGUGUGUGUGUGUCUUGUUUGUUGUCAUGUACUCCCUCCAU